ACCGAAGACAAAGGAAUGUACAAGUGUGUAGUUCACACUGAACGCGAGUCAAUGAAACAAAUGUGACAAUAGAUACUUGGUAAGUUUCCAAAUCCAGUUUAACGCCACUUUUUUGUUUUUACAUAUAGACAGUCUGAAAAGGUACUCUCUUUACUGCAUCAAAGUUGUUAAAUUAGCCAUUUUCUUAGUUUAGAGGCACAACGGCGUAAGAAGGUAAAAUAUUAAAAUCAAAUUAAAAUGAAAAAGUUACUUGUGUUUUUCAGAGUGGCUGGUGGUGACUGGUGCAGACGUGCCUGUAUUUGCAUAUGCUGGUGAAGAUGUGAUUCUGAACUGCUCAGUGGACACCCAUGUUCCUCUCGGAGAGUUAGAAGUAGAGUGGAUGAAGACAAAUGAAGAAAUCCAGGUGCUGCUGUUUAUGGAGGGGCGGUACAGACCGGAGUCACAGCCUGAGAGAUUCAGAGGGCGUGCUGAGUUCUUCAGUGAGGAGAUUCCCAAAGGCAACUUCUCAAUGAAACUGAGGGAUGUAAAAACUGAAGACAGAGGGGAAUUCAUGUGCAUAGUCCAUACAGACAAUGCAACGGCAUACGUACAAAAACUGGUCACCACACAGAUCUCUGCCUGCUUGGCUGAUAUCUCUGCGUGGAUGACUUCCCACCACCUGAAGCUCAACCUUGCCAAAACUGAGCUUCUCUACAUCCCUGCUAAGUCCUUUCCGUCAAUCGACCUCUCACUGACUGUUGAGGACUUUGUAGUUUCCUCCUCCCGUACGGCAAAGAAUCUUGGGGUAACUCUUGAUAAGUGCCUCACCCUGGCUCCACAAGUAUCCUCCACUGCCAGAACCUGCAGGUUCUUUCUGUAUAAUAAACGCCGUAUCCGUCAUCUCCUGACGGAGAAAGCCACCCAGCUCCUAGUCCAGGCGCUCGUCAUUUCCCGCCUGGAUUACUGCAACUCCCUCCUAGCCGGUCUCCCAGCGUGUGCCAUCAAGCCCCUCCAGCUGGUCCAGAAUGCUGCAGCCCGCCUGAUCACCAGUCAGCCCAGGUCGGCUCAUGUCACCCCGCUUCUCAUUGGCCUCCACUGGCGUCCUAUUGCCGCACACAUCUGUUUCAAGGCCCUAGUGUUGGCAUUUCAGGCUGCUAAGGGGACUGCCCCACCUUACAUACAAUCCUUGAUCACUCCCUACUCCCCAGCUAGACCACUCCGGUCUGCCAGCUCUGGUCGCCUUAUGGUUCCCUCUCUACGUGCACCUGGCGGUCGAGCUGCACGUUCACGCCUGUUUUCCAUUCUGGUUCCUCAGUGGUGGAAUGACUUGCCUACCACUGUCAGGACAGCAGAAUCCCUCCCCCUAUUUUGACGCAGACUCAAAACCCACCUUUUCAAACUCUACCUUAGUCCUCCCUCCUGAUUUCCCCCGCCCCUCCUUUCUGAUAUCCCUAUCCUUGUCUAACCCCCCCAAAAAAAAAAAAAAAAACUUGCACUUAUGAUGACGACUAUGUUUAGAACAACAGUCCCUGUGUGUUUUCCUAGUUCUGGAUGUGAUGCUUUGACUUAUGGUAGAACCUAUGCACUUGUAAGUCGCUUUGGAUUAAAAGCGUCUGCCAAAUGACAAAAAUGUAAAAUGUAAAAUGUAAAAGCAUAUAAACAUAUCUUGUGCACAAUAAUCCAUUUGCAUGGCUGCAUUUAUUUAACUACAGCCAGGUGUACAGUACUUCUGUGCAGUAACCAAUAUGGAAAUACUUCUUUCUUUCAUAGUGAACCUGAACCUGUAUCAGCUCAAAAAACUCUGACUUUUUCACAUUAGUAGUGCUUUAAAGCGAAAUGCAUGGGAGUGAAUUGGGAGCUGGGCGAACCUGUUCUGCCAGUUCUACUAGGUAUUUCUGUUCCGCCUCAGACUCACUGAAAUCUCUGUCCCAGGUUUCCCCGCCUUACACAUGUGCAUCCUGGUUUUAUCCACGGCUGCUGCAGUGCUUGCAGUGUUAAGCUGUGUUCCUGCUGUUUGGGGUAUAAUGCAGUGUUAAGCUGUGUUCCUGCUGUUUGGGGUAUAAUGCAGUGUUAAGCUGUGUUCCUGCUG